GGCUACGGGCCUCGGCCCGGCCUGGAGCGCGGCGGUGCCCGCGGAGCGCGGAGCCGUCGCCUUGCCAUGUACCAAAGGCUAAGUCUUGAAAACAUGAUUCCUGCAACUGUUGACACUGUCCUGAGUGCUCUGUAUUUAUGCUGCCACAGAAAGAACUGGUUACAGUCGGAGAAGAAACACUAAGGACUCAAAUGCGCUUGCAGCUAAAGUAUCCUCAUCAUGAAUAGGUACACAACCAUCAGACAGCUUGGUGAUGGGACCUACGGCUCUGUCCUCCUAGGGAGAAGCAUUGAAUCUGGGGAGCUAAUAGCCAUUAAAAAAAUGAAGAGAAAGUUUUAUUCCUGGGAGGAAUGCAUGAAUCUUCGUGAAGUUAAGUCUUUGAAGAAACUAAACCAUGCCAAUGUAGUAAAGCUGAAAGAAGUCAUCAGGGAAAAUGAUCAUCUCUAUUUUGUGUUUGAGUACAUGAAGGAAAAUCUUUAUCAGUUAAUGAAAGAAAGAAACAAACUGUUUCCUGAGGCUACAGUUAGGAAUAUUAUGUAUCAGAUCCUGCAAGGGCUUGCAUUUAUCCAUAAGCAUGGAUUCUUUCACAGAGACUUAAAACCUGAAAACCUCCUUUGCAUGGGACCAGAACUUGUAAAAAUAGCAGACUUUGGCUUAGCCCGAGAAAUCCGAUCCAGGCCUCCUUACACCGAUUAUGUAUCCACUAGAUGGUACAGGGCUCCUGAAGUCCUUCUGAGAUCCACCAGCUAUAGCUCUCCUAUAGACAUUUGGGCUGUUGGUUGUAUAAUGGCAGAAGUUUAUACACUGAGGCCUCUCUUCCCAGGUGCCAGUGAAAUUGAUACAAUAUUCAAAAUUUGCCAAGUUUUGGGGACACCAAAGAAGAAUGACUGGCCUGAAGGCUACCAGCUUUCAUCCUCCAUGAAUUUUCGCUGGCCUCAGUGUGUACCUAACAACUUAAAAACCCUCAUACCUAAUGCUAGCAGUGAGGCAGUGCAACUGAUGAGAGACAUGCUGCAGUGGGAUCCCAAAAAGCGGCCAACAGCCAGCCAGGCACUUCGAUAUCCAUACUUCCAGGUUGGACAUGCUUUAGGCCUUCAGGAGCUGACGAGACCAAAGGAACUCCAUGAUAAAUCAUCUCUGCAUAUUAAGCCUGUCCCUCCAGCACAACCUCCUUCAAAAUCCCAUGCCCGCAUUUCUUCACGGCCAUUUCAGCAAAGCCACACUUCUCAACAUUUGGUCUAUCCGUGUAAGACAGACAACUCUGGGGCUGAUCACAGUAAAUAUUUACAGGAGGACAAGUCGAACCAGGUUCUUCUGCCUGCAAUUCACAAUAAGGUUCCUCAGCAGAAAGCAUCUACUGGGACUGAGAACAUAAAUGGUGAACUUAAGCCAAAAGCUAGGCGAAGGUGGGGACAUCUUGCUGGGCCAGUGAAGAAUUCUGAAGAGUGGGAUGACUUGGAAGACCUUGAUUUCAGCUCUUCUAUCACAAGGGUUGACUUGAAAAACAAAAAGAGGCAGAAUGAUGAAACUACUUGUAGAUUUGAAAGCAUUUUGGACCUGAAGCCUUUGGAUGCAGUUGGCUCUGGCAGCAGUGCACCAUCCCAUGCCAUCUUCCCACGGCAGGACACCCCAACGCUGCAAGUUUCUGCAGCAAAGCAGCACUACCUGAGACAUUCUAGGUAUCUACCCGGAGUAAGCACAAGAAAUAGCAUGGUCUCCACUUCAAGCAAGGAGUCUGUUCCAUCUAAUCCCUGGCCCAGUUCUGGUUUGCCUGGAAAAGCUUCAGUUUUGGGAGGAAGUAUUAACAGGAUAAAUUCAGGUCCCAUAGCAUCAAGUGCUCUGACUGGUGGCUAUAUCCCUUCAUUUCUGAAGAAGGAAGUAGGCUCUGCUGGGCAGAGGGUUCAGUUAGCGCCAAUUGCAGAUCGAUCGUCAAAUUACGCUGCUCUGAAGUCAGCAAGACCCCAUCUUGGACGGCCACCGUUCAACUCACCUUCCAAAAGCCCCCCCGGGGUAAUGCCGCUCCCGCCCCCAGCGCAGCCAGUGCACGGCCGCGUUGACUGGUCUGCAAAGUACGGAGCUCACCGGUGACACGUAGAAAUGCUCUCCCAGCAUCUCCUUGCCCACAUGGUGACUGACGUGUGACAGUUUUCUAAUGUUUUAUAGACUUGUAAAUUUAAAAGAAACAGAUCUUCUACGGUUGAGACCUUUCUGAAGGUUGCUUUGGUUUUGUUUUUUAACUUUUAUUUGUGUUAAUUUCAAUGCAAUCUUGUACUUUUUUUUUU